AUGGCGAUUUUAUCCGUGACGCUUGGUUCAGCGGUCGAAAACGUGUCAGAUGACCGCAAGGUCGUAGGUUACAGAACCAUGAAGCCACUAUUCCCUAUAGUGGUAGCCAUACUGGUGAUCGCGGCAAACGCCCAUCCAGAAAACAUAGAAGAAGUGAAAGAGCUGCCUCAAAGUCACGAACCAGUUGUGGAGGCGGAAGCUAGCGAGCCACAGGCAAGAAAAGAACGAUGCACAGCAUGCACCGGCACCCACAGCCUGAAAUCUCCCAAAGAACUCCUAGCCUCCCUCAAAACCCUCCCGAAUGCUGAAGUACACACUCAAUCCUCUUUUGAAGAGUGCUCUUCAGAAAAAGGAUGCGCUGGAGUCAAAAUAAAGGAUGGUAAAAUCAUCGAGAAGUUCGGAAACCUUCAAGCGUUCAAGGCUGCAGCCAAUGCUGACUCAGCCAACGAAUUCCAGUUCCAAGCAGCUGGAAACAGCGUUUUCGAAGGUGGCGUAGCCAACGGUGGACCUUUCUGGUGGAUGAACCAACAAGACUCUCCAUUCAAAAACGCAGGCGGUUCCUUCGAGAAAUUCAGCAAGUCAUCAUCCAGUUUUACCAGCUCAAGCAACGCUGGUGCUGGUGGCGUUGAUUUGGGAGCCAACCCAUUCUUGAACGGCGGUUUCUCUAAAUUGGCUGGUGGUGCUGGCUUCACUGGAGCUGGUGGCAACUUCGCUGGAAGCCAAUCAUUCGAAUCAUCAUCUUCGACCAAAGAGAUCGACAUUAGCAAGAAUCCUUUCUUAAGUGGAGGUGCUACUGGUUUUGGUGGACAGAGCUCUUUCGGCAGUGCUCAGGGUAGCUUCGGAGCUGGACAAAGCGGAGCUGGUCAAAGCGGUUACAACGCGUUCAGCUCUGGCAGCAAAUUUGGAUCAGGAUACACUGGUUCCUCUCCAUCACCCUUCGCGGCUUCCUCUGGCGCCAACGUGAACUUGAUCCAGAACUCUCAGAAGAACGAAUUCGACUUUGCUCAGCAGACUCAACAGAACAUUGAUGAGAUCUUCCAGAGCACUGGAAAUGUGAAUGCCCACGAUAAUUCUGGUGGUGACCUGCAGCAGACCUGUGCUGGACAAGGAUACGUGUGUGUGUCGAAGUCUCAAUGCAACAACGGAGUUGUCAACACCAACGGUGGCGGUCUUCUCCAAGCUAACACCCAGAAACAAUACUGCAACACCAGAACCGAAAUCUGCUGCAGGAUUGAAACCUCAGGAGCUGGUGUCCAAGGAUCCCUCGGAGUAGGAUCUGGUUCUUUCCAGGCUAGCCAAGGAUCUGGGCUCUUCCAAGGUUCAAGCCAAGGCAGCCAAUCCAGCUUCGGAGCUGGUUUCAACGCCAACAGAGGCAGUGGAUUUGGAACCCAAUUCGCAUCAGGCGCUGGCUAUAACAGCAACAAAUUCGGAGCUACAGGAUCAGGUUUUGGAUCUGGCUUCAAAUCGACCAGCCAAUCCAACUUCGUAGAAACCGAUUCCUUCUCUGCUGGUUCCGAAAACAGCGGUAUCUACCGCCCAGGUGCCGUCGGCUCUGGACUUAAACCUGGUGUGCCAUACUUGCCUCCUUUGGAUACCUCCACCAGUGGAUCCAACGUGGUUUCUACCGCUUACUCACCAGCUGUUGUCACCACUCCUCGUCCCUUCACCACUCCUCGCCCUGUGACCACUCCUAGGCCAUACUCGACUCCUAAACCUUAUGUGCCUUCAACAAAGGCUCCUGAGUACCUCCCUCCUAUCGAUGGAAUCACUGGAUCAGACAGCUUCCAGCAGCCUUCUUACAUUGACGGACAACUGAUCUUGGACGAGAACCUGCCAAGGCCUAUCACUCCUGUUGUUAUUGGUGAUCUGCCCGCUGGUUGCGCCGCUGCCCUGAAGUGUACCCCCAUCGAAUACUGUACCGCUGAGGGAGUUAUCUCCAACACCACCGUCGUUCUGACCAGAGACCAGGAAGCCUACAGAGUACCAUUAACUGACUGCAAGGACAUUUCAACUGGUCGCGUCGGAAAGUGCUGCAGAGAUCCCUUCUACACCGACCCUUGGCCAGUCAACCAAAUCGGUCAAUGGGUGCCCGGAGUCUUCGGUGGAAACGAUGGCAAAUACGUGCCAGACAACCGCGGCAGCUCCAACAACCAACCAGGAGUCACUGUCAGACCACCCGUCACUGGAUCCGUAUAUUUGAACAACUUUAGAACUACACCCAAGCCUACUCUACCAGUUGGACCUAACCAAGUCACACAAGGUUUCUCCGCUACCACAGUAACCCCUGGAUCUUUCGUCCAGAAGACCCAAUACGGCCAGGGUUCCUAUUCUCAAGGAGGUCAAGGUCAAGUUGUAAUCCAAGGUCAAGGAAAAUACGGAGUUGCCGGACAAGGUACUCAAGGUACUGGUGGCCAGUUCGCCCAAGGAUCGUCUUUCACCCAAACCACAUCUGGAUUCGGUCAAGGUCAAACUGGAGGUAGUGGACAGGCUGUAGUCCAAGGUCAAGGUUUCGGAAUCAGCCAAGGCGGUGGCCAAGUAAUCCGCCAGGGCCAAGGCAUCGGUGUCACUCAAGGAUUUGGAACUGGAAUCCGUCAGGGAUCAGGCUCCGCUGUUGUUCAAGGAGGAGGUUUUGGAGUUAGCCAGGGUCAAGGACAAACCGUUUCCCAGGGACAGGGACAGGGUGUCAUUCAAGGUGGAGGCCAAGUUGUAUCCCAAGGACAAGGAUUCGCCGUUUCACAAGGUCAAGGACAAGGAAUAUCUCAGGGCGUCGGAGUUGGUGUCAUCCAAGGACAGGGUGUUGGUGUUAGCCGCGGCCAAGGAUUCGCUGUAACUGGAGGUCAAGGACAGUACAGUACCCAAGGACAGGGAUCGCUUGUGUCAAGAGGUCAAGGUCAAACCGUUAGCCAGGGCGUUGGAUUUGGAGUAACCCAAGGACAGGGUACGGCUAUCAGACAGGGACAAGGUUUUGGAGUAUCUCAAGGACAAGGAUUUGGAAUAGCCCAAGGAGGUGGAGUCGGGGUUUCCCAAGGAGGUGGUGUUGGAGUUUCCCAAGGAAACGGCUAUAGGGUAUCCCAAGGCGGUGGUUUCGGAGUUAGCCAAGGCAUUGGAUUCGAAGUACAGCAAGGAUCAGGCCAAGCCGUCUUCCAAGGUCAAGGUCAAAAGUUGGUCCAAGGUGGAGGAUUCUCCGUGUCAAACGGUGGAUAUGGAGUUGAGAACGAGGUCGCCGAGUCUGUCCAGAGGGUCUACCUGCCAAGAUACACAGGAUCUGGAGAAUGUGGAAUAUUAAACCCGCAAAAACCCUAUGGAAACCGUAAGGAUCUGGAGGUAGACUUCGCCGAGAUCCCAUGGCAAGCCAUGGUGCUGUUGCAGACCAACAGAAGCCUUCUUUGUGGAGGAGUUAUCACAAGACCUGAUGUGGUCAUCACUUCUGCCAGCUGCGUUGAAGGCCUGAAAGCGGAGAAUGUGCUCAUCAAAGGUGGAGAAUGGAAGCUAGGAAUCGACGAGGAGCCUCUCCCAUUCCAGAUUGUCCAGGUCAAAACCAUCCUUCGUCACCCACUCUACAAAUCUGGAAACUAUGUCAACGAUGCGGCUAUUCUAGUUCUGUCCGAAAAUUUGAGGCUGGCCAAAAACAUUUGGCCUAUUUGCCUUCCUUCAUCCAAGGACACCCUAGACGCGUUCUACAAUGGAGCUGGUGAAUGCAUUGUCACUGGUUGGGGCAAAUCCGUUCUUCAAGCUCAUCUCCUCGGCAGCAUUAUGCACAGCAUGAACGUAUCCCUCCUGAACCCUGGAGAAUGUGAAUCCAAGAUCACCCAGGACUAUCCUCAUCUAUUGGAACACUACGACCAGGAAAGCUGCGUCUGUGGACAGCCUACCAACCCUGCUAACAAUAUCUGCAAGGUUGACAUCGGAAGCGCCCUCGCUUGCACGACUGGCGACAACCACUUUGUCCUCAGAGGAAUCUACUCCUGGGAUUCUGGAUGUCAAACCGGCAACCAACUCGCCUCAUUCUACAAAUUCGACCUCGAAUGGUACGAAUGGGCCAUCGGUCUCAUCGAGAGCGUCAGAUUCGAGAAGUACACCGUCGUCAAGGUCACCAAGAACAAAAUCAUCACCCAAGGUUCUGGAGUCAAGACCACCUAUGGAACUGGUAUUAAAGGUACUACUGGAUUCGGUGUCAAGGGUACAUCAGGAGUUGGCGUCAAGGGCACAGUCUCCUCAGGAGCUACAGCCGUCGCUGGAAGCGGACUAGGCAUUAAGGGCUUCGGUAUCGCCGGCCAAGGCCAAUCCGGAGAAUUCUCUCAAUUCGGAUCAGCCAACUUCGGCACUGGCUCCGGAGAAUUCUCAGCCGAAAUCAAGGGACCCGUCCAAAAGACUUUCAGCACAAGUUUCACUGAAAAGAAAUUCUUCCAAUCCGAACCUAAAUUCGUAACCUACACGACAAAACCAGAAAUCAUCAGCUACACAACCAAACCCGAAAUUGUGACAUACACGACGAAACCUGAAAUUGUGACAUUCACGACGAAACCGGAAUACUUUACUUACACAACGAAACCCAAAUACGUGACUUACACCACUAAGCCCGAAAUUGUGACAUAUACGACAAAACCCGAAAUUGUGACAUACACGACAAAGCCGGAGAUUAUUACUUACACUACAAAGCCUAAGAUUGUCACAUACACGACAAAGCCUCAAAUCAUCAGAUUCGAUUAUCAGACAUCUGGAAGUCAGACCAACCAACAAGUGGUAGCCCCAAGUGUAUCCUUCAACCCAUCAUUCUCUGAGAUUGUUGGCGCCGGCCACGUUCACGACGCCAAGUGCAAGUGCAUCGAAGGAAAAUAAAAAAACAACUUCUAAUUGAUAAAAACGAAAAAAAUUGGUAACUUAUUGCUUUGGAGUGGACUAUGUGCCAUAAAAAUUUUUUUAUUCAUUA